ACCGACAGUAUUGAACGGGACCCAGACCAGCGAGCCACAGAGAACUAUCGCUCCUUCUGUCAGUUUCAACAAACGGGGUUUCGUUGACUAGAUUUCCCGAUAUCGUACGCUCGAAAAACGCCAAACUAUGCUGAUGUGCUAGUGUGGAAAAUGUGCGGAAAACCAGUGCUUGUGCUAUUUCGUUGUGUUGGUGAACCUGUUUCUUUUGUUGGGAUUAAUAACACGGCGUUCUAAUCCACGUUUCCUGUACCUCGUUCAGAGCCAUCAUGCACACGCCGGAGGGAACCCUCUGUAGAGGGCAGUCACCCCCGCUAUACCUCGGCCAGAACUGCAACCACCACUUCAAGGGGAGCGUGGUAUCGUUGCCCCACCUAGACCUGGUAGGCAUCCCCAAGAAGGACGAGUGCAAUAAUUUUACAAGCAGUAUGCUCAGAAUACAGAGCGAACUGGAACAGUUCACCAUCCACAAGAGCUCCAGCGAGCCAGCAGUGGCCAUAGACAUUCCGGCGAAGGGGCUGCAAAAUGUUUCACCCUUCGGCACGCCGGACACGCCGCCACCCCCUUAUGACAUAAAGCAGGGGUGGAUGACGGGGAUUUUCGGAUGCCUGAGACCCGUCCUGUCUAUAAUUGGGAAAGGAGGCCACGAGAUCAGGAACGAUGAAGACGACUGGGAAAUCUCUUUUGAGCAAAUAACCGACCUCACCUACCUAGGCUGCGGAGGUCAGGGAGCCGUCUUCUCCGGCAAGAUCAACAACGAGCCGAUAGCCGUCAAAAAGGUGUCCGACAUCAAAGAAACCGACAUCAAGAACCUCAGAAAACUAAACCACCCAAACAUAGUAAAGUUCAAGGGCGUUUGCACGCAGGCGCCAUGCUACAGUAUUAUUAUGGAGUUCUGUCCGUACGGACCUCUGUUCAAUUUGCUCAAGAACCAAAAAAAUAUAGUGACGACGCAUCGGGUCGUGUCGUGGGCCAAGCAGAUUGCCAGCGGGAUGACGUACCUGCACGCGCACAAGAUCAUACAUAGGGAUCUGAAGAGCCCCAACGUGCUUAUAGGAGAAGGCGAGGUCAUCAAGAUCAGCGACUUUGGCACCUCCAGGACGUGGAACGGAGUCAGCGAGAAGAUGAGCUUCGCCGGUACUGUGGCUUGGAUGUCUCCAGAGGUCAUCCGGGAACAGAACUGUUCGGAGAAGGUGGACGUCUGGUCCUUCGGGAUAGUCCUGUGGGAACUGUUGACUUGCGAAGUGCCUUAUGAGGGAAUGGAACAGAGCGCAAUAAUGUACUUAGUUGGCUGUGGUAAACUCAAACCUCCGAUUCCGUCUACUUGUACCGAAGGGUUCAAAUACAUCAUGCAGCUUUGCUGGAAGAUGAAUCCCAAGGAACGGCCGUCCUUCAAACUGUUGUGCAAUCACUUAGAAAUAGCUUCAGAAGAGUACCUCAACAAAUUCAAAGACGAAGAGUUCUUCGCCACUCAGGAAUCGUGGAAGAAGGAGAUCAAGACUGAAAUGACUCAGUUCAAGGCGUACUUGCAGAAACACAAGAUGGACAUCCAGAACGAGCACGAGCAACUGCUACGUACCAGAGAGAUGGAGAUCAAGCACAUCAGGGACAUCAGAGAGCUCUAUUACAGGAAAUUGGAGAAGGUGGUACAGAUGCAAUUGGAAUUGACGUCGGUAAAACAGCAGUGGGAGGUGAAACAGUGCGGGAGGAAGAGGGAGUUACCCAGUAAGACAAGGUUCAGUCGUGCGUUCAUGAAGAAGAACGAGAGAAGGAAAAGUACGCAUAGCACGACGCCUACUAGUCCUGAACACAGCUUGACCAGUCCAGAUAGCCCACAAAUUUGCCCACAGAAGCCAAUACUCAGACCUCCGGUGUUCACCUGCCUAGAGAAAGACUGCAUACAAGAGGAGUCCGAAGCACAGACGUCCACAUCACUAACGCCCUCUAUGAGGUCAAGGAAGAGACAUCACAGGACGAGUUCAGGGUCGCCGAGGAACUCAUCUUGUUCGAGGAGCUCGAGCUACAGGAACUCGAUGCUGAUAGACAUCGGAACACAGACAGACUACAUGGAUUACAGCGAGACAGACAUGAGUCCUAUCAGUCAACCAUCGUCUGUAGGACCGUCGACGACGAAGUUGACCAUGCCCAGAAGGGUGAUCUUGGAACAGAAGAUCGCGGAUGAGAACGAAGACGAAGGUGCCAACGGCAAUGGUACUGUGCAACUGCAUUAUAUGCUACAGCCUAUCAAUCCAGGAAUACCAAUUUUCACAAGAUGCAGCUCCAGCAGCAUGGAUCAGGAAGACAACGGAAACUGUAACAACGCUGAUGAGCUAAUCAGGUACAGUGACGAGGACAACCUGGAGACCUUGGCUCAGAAGGUGUCUGCGUUGAAAAAUGGCAACAUUUUCAUGGAUUUGAACGGGUGCGCGGAAAAUGGAAACUUGACUGACCAUUACGGAAACGAGAUCACCAGGAAACGGACGACUUCGGAGACUAGAGACGUGUUGGACAGCACUGAAGACGCAGCUAACGAAGACAGCUAUACGGAUGAAGAGGGGGAGACGUACAACCACACAUUGAAGAGGAAAAGUCUGACUCGCAGGCCAAUAUAUCCAGGCCGUCGCUCUGGUAGAUACAAAUCAGCCCUACACUUUCAAAGACAGCAGUUGGCCUCGGACGAAGGCAACACCUCAGAAUACUCAGUAUCGCCAUCUAGCAAAAGUUCGACCUUGGAAUCCAUCAAUACGAGCAGGACCUCGAAGGGAGCCUUGAAGAGGCCCAAUGACGGUUCGGACUCCUCGUCUGAUAGCGAUUCCGAAGAGAAUCUAACUGUAGUCACGCAAGUUCCUUGUUCGUAAGAAGAUACUUAAAUUAAUUGAUUACGUACUUUAUGAGGGCAUAUUUUUUUGUCUCUGUUAGUAAUAAAUCUUAAGACUUGUACAUAGAGUCAUAAUUUCAGUUCGGUAAGGUCUUUCAUAGGUUUCAACAGUGUUUUAUCUGUUCUCGGAAAUGAUUACAGAUUUGCGAUAGUUCUCAAAUAUUUCCUGAAACGACCUCAUUGGAUAAUUUUAUUGAUUAUGACUAAAUCCCUUGAAGUUACCAGGGGUUCAUUUUGAUCAUUCCAAAAAAAAAGACUGUAUCGAAAAUUAAGAAUUCAUACCUCCAGUGAACUUAAUUUACUCAUGAAGGAUAUGGUCCGUAUAUCACCUUGGUUACUAAGUUGGUGGUCCGUAUAUGUCAAAUUCCUCAAAAACCGGUGACUAUUUACUCAAACUUCGGUGAGUUAUCUGUCACCAGAGCAACCGUACUUUUAUUAUGGUUAGGUUCGGUAACCACGCCCACUCCGGUUGACAGUUGUCAUUUUAAUUUUCAGAUUAUUGUUCAUGAAUAUUUUCCAUGACAUCUGACACUCAAAAACGUUAUAAUUUCAAUUAUGAAACAAAUACCCUUCAGAGCCAUUAAAAACUAUAAGUAAUGGUGGAUUUAUGCACCGUACCUAAGAACUAAGGACUAAGAACUAUGAAUUAAGAACUAAACCUAAGCAUUCAGUGGCGUUUAUGCACUCUCUUGUUAGUUCUUAGUUAAGGCAUGCGCACGUGCUCGAACUCCUUUCUAUUUGUUCUAUACUUUGAUGUUUGACAUUGAUAUUUAUUGUGAAAAAAUUAAAUUAAAUUUUUUCAAAUACACCUAAUACUUUUCAUCAUCGAUAAACACGAAUAAAGAACAUAAAAUGAUAGAAACUG